AUGUCAAUUUUGAAAUUUUAUUUUGUAUUAUUUACCAUACUUUUAGAAGUUGUAGGAAGCUCUUACAGUUUAAAGAUAAUAAAUCCGGAUGGCUUUACUUAUAUUUUUUCUAAAACUGAUAAAAUUGCUACUGAAAUCCAAAGAUGCGACCAAAUUAAUAUUAAUUUCGAUAUUAAUAAAAAAACACGGAUAAUACACCAUCCAUCAAUGUUUUGUCUGGCAAUUAAUAUGUUCUCUAAAUGUAAAAUCAAGGCCAUUCAAAAAAAUUCAGUAGUUCUGAUUAAACAAUUUGAAGAACAAAAUUCAAUAAGUAUAAUUGCUAAAUUUGACAAAACAACUUAUAUUGAUUUUCCUUUAAGUAGUUCUAACAUAAAACAUAAGUUUCAAAUAAAGAACCCUAACGAUAAAAAUAUAGAAAUUAUUUGUAGGAAUUUUGAGCGCGUGGUUUCUGCUGAUGCACUAGACCUUAUAUUUUUUGCUAGUGAAAAAACGAAAUUAACAUUGCAUCAGAAAGAUAAUUACUUAAUUUACAAUUUACAAGCAGGAUUGUACAUAGAACCUUAUAUUUUUCUAGGUGAUAAUUUAAAUUCUAGUUUAGUGCCACAGAUGUUAUAUCAGAGCAUUUGUUUAAAAUUUAAGUGGGCAGAAGAUACCGUAGUAAAUAUGAGAACCUCGGGGGUUAAGUUUGCGAUUUGA